GCACAUGCGUACUUACGCCUGACCGCCGCCAUCUUGGAUAUUGAGGAUAUCUCUGACUUUUGCACUUCCGCAAACGAAACUUCGAUAAACGGGGAAAUAUCGCUGCAUCUGAGAGAUAUUAGAGUUUUUGUGAUGUUCACUCUCCCAGGAGAAUCUCUCACGAGUUUGAUGUGAUGUUAUUUGACUGUUUGAUUUUGUACACGUCGACGGAAGUAAGGGGACGAAACCUGCCAGUUAGAGCCUGAAGUGCAGACGAUUCUGUGCUGCGCAACUUUGCAGACCCCACCUGCAUUCCCACUACCUUCUCUUUUACUGGUAUAAGUGAGGGCAUCAAGUCAACAUGGUGUUGGCAGAUUUGGGCAGGAAGAUAACAAACGCAUUGCGGUCCCUUAGCAAUGCCACUGUUAUCAACGAGGAGGUGCUGAACUCUAUGCUGGGUGAGAUCUGCAGAGCUCUGAUUGAGUCUGAUGUCAACAUCAUGCUUGUAAAGAAGCUCAGGGAGAAUGUCAGAGCAUCCCUAGAUCUUGAUGACAUGGCAGCAGGACUGAACAAGCGGAGGAUGAUCCAGUCUGUGGUCUUCAGGGAGCUGGUCAAGCUGGUGGACCCAGGAGUGAAGGCUUGGCAGCCAGUCAAGGGGAAAAGCAAUAUCAUCAUGUUUGUGGGUCUGCAGGGAAGUGGCAAAACAACAACAUGUACUAAGCUUGCCUACUAUUACCAGAAGAAAGGAUGGAAGAGCUGUUUGACUUGUGCCGACACUUUCAGAGCAGGUGCCUUUGACCAACUGAAACAAAAUGCAACAAAAGCCAGAAUACCUUUCUAUGGCAGCUAUACAGAAAUGGACCCUGUAGUGAUCGCAGCAGAAGGUGUGGAAAAGUUCAGACAAGAAGGUUUUGAGAUCAUCAUAGUGGACACCAGUGGGAGGCACAAACAGGAGGACUCACUUUUUGAGGAGAUGUUACAAGUGUCAAAUGCUGUUAGCCCAGACAAUAUUGUGUUUGUGAUGGAUGCCUCUAUAGGACAGGCCUGCGAAUCUCAAGCCAGAGCUUUCAAAGACAAAGUUGAUGUAGGAGCCGUCAUUAUCACCAAACUGGAUGGUCAUGCCAAGGGUGGAGGUGCACUUAGCGCUGUGGCAGCCACGAAAAGUCCCAUUGUGUUCAUAGGCACAGGCGAGCAUAUAGAUGACUUUGAACCCUUCAAGACACAGCCCUUCAUCAGUAAACUGUUAGGUAUGGGGGACAUUGAAGGCCUGAUAGACAGGGUGAAUGAGCUGAAGUUGGAUGACAAUGGAGAACUCAUAGGGAAGCUGAAACAAGGCAAGUUCACGCUGCGAGACAUGUACGAGCAGUUUCAGAACAUCAUGAAGAUGGGGCCUUUCAGUCAGAUCAUGGGAAUGAUCCCAGGCUUCAGCAGUGACUUCAUGACAAAAGGUAAUGAACAGGAGUCCAUUGCCAGGCUCAAGAAACUCAUGACCAUCAUGGACAGCAUGAAUGAUGAAGAGCUGGACAGCCUGGAUGGAGCUAAGAUGCUCCAGCGACAGUCAGGGCGCAUCGCUCGUGUGGCCAGAGGUGCCGGGGUGUCUGUGAGGGAAGUCCAGGAACUCCUGUCACAGUACACCAAGUUUGCUGCCAUGGUCAAAAAGAUGGGAGGCAUCAAGGGACUUUUCAAGGGUGGGGACAUGGCUAAGAAUGUCAACCCCUCCCAGAUGGCCAAGCUGAACCAACAGAUGGCCAAGAUGAUGGACCCAAGGGUGCUGCAACAAAUGGGUGGAAUGGCAGGACUACAGAACAUGAUGAGACAGUUCCAGCAUGGAGCAGGGCAGGCCAAGGGGCUGGCAGAUCUUGCUGGGCUCAACAAGUGAAGGAAAGAAGGGAUCUGAUGAAGUUGAAAAUGAGCUAGCCUUCAAUUUUAUUUCAGUGAGGGAAGGAGCAUAUCUUAUACAAUGGAAUAGGCUGUAUAUUGUGAAAGCACUACAAUGGUUGGGUUAUAAUGAACCGAGAUGGAAAACUUCUUUAUCUUCUAUAUACAGAAUGGCUUCUGUAUAUGUCAGCUGACCCAGACAUAAUGGUCUGGGUACUUUUAUGUGUGUAAGUACAUCUUACACAAUAUUUCAGUAAUCAUUAAUAGAGAGAUGUAGGAAAAAUGAUACCAGGUAGUGUCAACUCUCAGCACUCUAUGCCCAUGAACAGUCUUUAUCAAGGGCUCUACAUGGGGUGAAACAUUUUUUCUUUCAAUCCUUUUUUUUUCGAUCCUAAGUUGUAUCCUUCAUGAAAAUGCUUAAGUAUUAAAUGAUUUUGAUGUGACACUGGUUAUCUUUUUGGAUGUAGACUUGAAGACUUCUUCGUGUUUGAACUGGAUGAUUAAAAGGGACAGUUGAGAUUUUCACAUUUCUGACAGGAGGAGAGUACAGUAUAAUAGAUGCCUAAGUGACAAAGAAUCUUAAAUUUUUCUUUCCAUUAAAUACAAGGCACAAAUUUGUUACCAUAUCCACUAGCAGGUCUGAAUAUGAAUAUUUGUAAGUUUCAUGUUCUCUCAACAUUAAGCAUCAUCACUAUUAUCCAUAGUCAUCAAAGGUGUAAACUGUGCCAGUUAUCAUCAGACAUAUAUUUGUCAAUUACACUUGUCAAUAUGGUUCAUUUUUAUGUUAGCCAAUACUUAGUAUGCAUAAGACGAAAUGAAAGGAUCUUUUACCAUACUUGUCCAUAAGUAUCAUUAUUGGUAAUACUGUAUUUAUUUUUCAUGAAUUAAUGACCUGAUCACACUUGCCAGAAAAUAAAUGAUAUUUUCAUGAACCAAAACACUAGUGGCUCAGUCUUUAUCUUCUUAGGCUAGGCUUGUGUUGAAGCAGGGGGAAG